UUCCGCCACUGUAUUUGCACACGUUUUCCCCCUUCCUCUUAGCGUUGCACGCACACGAGCGCAUUCGCACGCACGCACACACACAAACACGCCAACCAUGAUGUUUCGAGACCAGGUCGGAGUGUUGGCAGGCUGGUUCAAGGGCUGGAACGAGUGCGAGCAAACUGUUGCGUUGCUCUCCUUGCUGAAGAGGGUGAGCCGGAGUCAGGCCCGCUUCCUGCAGCUUUGCCUGGAGCAUUCCCUGGCGGACUGCACCGAACUCCACAUCCUUGAGAAUGAGGCCAACAAUCCUGGAAUCAUUAACCAGUGGCAGCAGGAAUCGAAGGACAAAGUGAUUUCCCUCUUGCUGACGCACCUGCCUCUGCUGAAGCCGGGGAACAUCGAGGCGAAGGUGGAGUACAUGAAGCUCCUCCCCAAAAUCCUGGCUCACUCCAUCGAGCACAACCAGCACAUAGAGGAGAGCAGGCAGCUCCUGUCUUACGCCCUGAUCCACCCCGCCACGUCCCUGGAGGACAGGAGCGCCCUGGCGAUGUGGCUUAACCACCUGGAGGACCGCACAUCGCUGGGCACCUACGGGAGCCAGAGCAGGGGCCGGUCCGACUCGGUCGAUUACGGGCCGUCGCACUACUAUCACCAAAGACAGAACUCGGACGAUAAGCUCAACGGGUGGCAGAGCUCGCGGGACUCCGGCAUCUGCGUCAGCGCCUCCAGCUGGCAGGAUAAGAACCUGGGCUGCGAAAACGGCCACCUCCCUCUCUAUUCCUCCUCUUCCGUCCCCGCAACCAUCAACACGAUCGGAACGGGCACGGGCACAAUUCUCUCGAGCCAGACCCACCACAGCCCUUUGAAACGGUCUGUGUCCCUUACCCCGCCCAUGACCGUCCCCAACCAGCCCCUGGGACACGGUUGGCUGUCUCAUGAGGACUUGCGAGCCAGAGGACCCCAAGGCAUCCCUUCCGAUCACGCCCCCCUGUCUCCUCAAAGCAGUGUAGCCUCUUCAGGAAGUGGUGGGAGCGAACACUUAGAAGAUCAGAAUUCUGCUCGUAACACAUUCCAGGAAGAAGGGAGUGGUAUGAAAGAUGUUCCUGCCUGGCUGAAGAGUCUCCGCCUCCACAAGUACGCCGCCCUUUUCUCCCAGAUGACGUAUGACGAGAUGAUGUCACUGACCGAGUGUCAGCUGGAGGCACAAAACGUUACCAAAGGUGCAAGGCACAAAAUUGUGAUCAGCAUCCAAAAGCUAAAGGAAAGGCAGAACCUUCUCAAGUCCCUGGAAAGGGACAUCCUCGAAGGGGGCAACCUGCGUGUGCCCCUGCAGGAGCUUCACCAAAUGAUCCUCACCCCCAUCAAAGCUUACUCCUCCCGGAACCUGACGGCGGACGACCGCGGACGGGAUCCUGAGCCCCAUCGCACGGCUUCUCUGAUUGGCUCCGACGGACAGGGGCCCGACUGCAAGGGCUCUGCCGCGGGGGGGAUGCCCCACCACCAACUGCCAGGCUGCGAGGGGGAAUCUGGAGGGGCUCCCUUGCCCGAAGGGGACAUCCCAGGGCAGUUUACUAAGGUCAUGGGCAAAGUGUGCACCCAGCUCCUUGUCUCCAGGCCGGAUGAGGAGAAUAUCAGCUCCUAUCUCCAGCUGAUCGACAAAUGCCUAAUUCACGAGGCGUUUACGGAGACGCAGAAGAAAAGGUUGUUGUCAUGGAAACAGCAGGUGCAAAAACUCUUCAGGGCUUUCCCUCGGAAAUCCAUCCUCGAUCUCUCGGGGUACCGGCAGCAGAGAACCCGAGGUUUCGGCCAGUCGAACUCCCUGCCAACAGCUGGAUCUGUAGGUGCAGGAAUGGGACGCCGGAACCCGCGCCAGUUCCAGAUCCCCUCCCGGAACCUGCCUACCACGCGGCUGGGCCUCCUGGGCUCCAGCGGCCUUCUGGGAGCCAGCCAGCGCAGCACGGCCGCCAACCCCACCAUCCUCAAGCAAGGGAGGCAGAACCUUUGGUUUGCAAACCCCGGAGGGAGCAACAGCAUGCCCAGCCGGACUCACAGCUCUGUGCAGAGGACGCGCUCACUGCCGGUCCACACCUCUCCGCAAACCAUGCUUAUGUUUCAGCAGCCAGAGUUCCAGGUACCAGUGACAGAACCUGACAUCAAUAACAGGCUGGAGUCGUUGUGCCUCAGUAUGACAGAACAUGCACUUGGAGAUGGUGUCGACAGAACCUCGACGAUCUAGAAGACGGAGGUGUCUGCAGUGAGAACGCUGGCCGUCGGCAGAUUGGGCUGCUGGACCAGCGGCAAAGUUGGCAGCGAGCCCCCAGACUUGUCAAGGAUCCCUGGAGAUAAUUUGCAACCUUUCCGUUGCUGUUUUUCUUCUCCCUCUGUCUGUCUCUCUGUCUGUCUGUCUCUUGUCUCCUCCUCCUCUCCAUCUCUGUUUACAUUUUGUAAAAGGGUCACUUCUAUUGCUGUUACGCAUCGUCAAGAAACAGGACUGGGAUCUGCCAGGUUUAUUAUUAUGCACAAAACAGAGAAAUAACAUUUGGGUGGGGAGCGAAAGAUGUCAAGAGGGCUUCCUCAGAGGGGCAGGCCUCCCCAACCGUGGCUAAGGGCAAGUAUCUUAGCAGCCAAAUAAUACGCGUGGAGCAUCCGUUGGGAACGGGCAGCGGGGGUGGCAGAUGGAACCGCUCCUCGCGAAGAAAGAGACUUUCUGAAAUAACGUCACCGAAGCAUGAAGACGACGACGCAGAGAGCGACAUGUCGGCCAUCUGUAAAUAGGAGCUGUGUUUCACUGACAUUCACUGUUUUGAGCUGCAGUCGGGGUGCG